GUCCAUUCUCCAAGAGGCAAUUCUGUGUGGGAGAGAGCAGCGUGGAGAGUGCCCUUGAAGAGGCUUUAGUGGGGGUUGCUGCGUUGCCACUGGCAACACCCACGAUGCCAGAAGUGAUAGAAAGCAAGAGAGAGGGAGAACAUGAUUCACUGAAAACAGUAGCCACUGUAGCGAUCGCAGAGAAUGAGAAGGCAGUGGGAGAGAAAGGUUUGGAAGACAUAGAAAAGUGCUUCUGCCCUUCAUACGGAGAGGAAAAGGGACUCCCGGACAGCCUUGCAUUAAUCUGUUCUCAGGGAAAAGGUUCACUUGCAUUCUCCGCCAAAAAGGGACAGGCUGUAUCUGUGGAAAGCUGCAGCAGCAAAAUGCCACACAACUCAGCUGAGGCUGAUACGAAGGGACCGACAGAGACGAGUGUUCGCAGUGCAGACAUCUCACCGGCUGAAGAGGGAGACAGAGAAAAGGAGCCUCACCACGUAGAAGCCUUUGUCAUUACUUCUCCCUUGAGGAUACUCACUGGUCCGGAUUGUCAGGCGCACAGCGUUGCUGGAUUGGUAGGAGGAGAAGAGGAGGAGGGAAAGAAAGGAGGGCUGGCUAGAGAGCACAGUUCAUCCAGCCAGCCAGAAAGCUCUGCUGGUGGGGUGUCAUCAUCUGAGGCUGAGGCGUGUCCGCUCACCAAUGUUGCCGAGUCACAGCUAGAGUCACACGCCUGGAGGGAGCCUAUUGCUGCUAUCUCUGAAAGCGUCUGCACCGAACAGGACCAUCUCCCUCACCACGGCCAGCAGCAGCAGCAGCAGGAUGGUGCACUAAUUUCAUCUAACCGGCAACAAAGCAGCAAUGAAAACAGAGGGGUAAGGGCUGAUCUCACACAGGACUCAUCUAUCACAGAGACAGAGAGCAACUACAUCCAAGUAUUCCUGUCUUCAAUCUCACCUCAGCCUCUGACUACUACCCAUCAAAUCACAGCCAAGCGACAAGCGAGCAACGAUCAACAGGUCCAGCCUGAAAAUAGCACUGAAGAAACUUUCCAAGUCCAAGACCAGACCUCGAAUAAUAGAAGCGCUAUGUCUGGAGUGGGUGUGUCCUUAUGUGAAGGCAAUAAAGGCAACAACAGAGUUCGCUUUGCAGACACUGUGAAACAAGAAGGCAAUUCCUCUGUGAGUCUCAGGGGAAUGGUUGUGUCGGCUAUGGACUGCGCCUCUUUGCCCCCGCUGACUGUUCAUGAGAGUUUGCACUAUCCCGUGGUUGAGGCCAGCUUCAUCUUCCCACAAUUCCUCAACUUGAAGAAGCCAGAAAUUACAACAAAUGCAUCCCCUGGUAAGGAUGAUCUUGCAAAAGAGAGCUCCUCCGAUUUUCCAAAGCCACAGAAAGAUGUACAGUCAGAUAAUGGGGCGAUGGAGCUAAAAGAAAACAAGGAGACCAUUAACAGCAACUUUGAGACAAACACAACGGAUUCAAUGUCUGAAGUUUGCUCAAAACAGCUUUUAUGUCCAACUGGUGACCUUUCCCAAACAGCAGAAAAUGCCUUCCCUGAGGCCAAUCAUCAUAAAGCUGAGCUGGUGUCAGCAAAUGUGACAAAGCAAUUUGUGGCAGAAAUAGACAAGGGUGCCGUAAAACCGUGUUUGUCAGCUGAAAAAGAAAGAAACGAGCUACAUGCUGAUUCUAAAAACACAGUUAAGACUGUCCCGCCUCAGGAGUCACCUUUAAUAACUGAUGAAGUUAACCAACAACCUCUCAUCUCAUGUUCCGUGCCUCCAGCUGAUGAUGUUACCUACAAGCCUUUAAGUGACGUCACCACUGAGCUACCUGUUGGGCAGCUCUCUACAGACCUUUACCCCUUUCUUCAGACAGAGCCUAUUGACCUCAGUUAUCAGCCUCCCAUCCAAUUAGUUCAAACCCCUCCUCAUGGACUCCUCACUACUGAUCCCAUGGAGGCGAAUGAGGGGUCCACUAUUCCCUCUGCUGUUCAGACAAAGAAUGAAUCAGCAACUUCAGUAGUGACAGCCUCUGAGCAGUCAAUUCCUAUUAUCGAGCCAUGUGUCGGUAAUUCCUUUGUGCUGCGGCCCCAUGGCCCUUUGUUGAGUCAUUUGGAGUUAAUUUCUGACUGUGAUAUCUCUCUUCCUGAGAAGACAGAUAACAGCGGCGCUUACGGUGACAGCGCCAAAGUCUCAGGAGAGGAAGAUGGCAACAAGAGCAGGGAAAUAACUAAACUGUCUGUUGCAAAGGAUCUGGAGUAUGAUGAUGUCAGCGUUAAAGUAGAUGAGGUUUGUCCGAAGCUGGAGGAUAAAAAUCACAACAGGCAAUCUGUCAUUAAAAAUGUAAAUAUUCAAUUUUCACAAGAAAACAAUCUGUCUCCUCUUCAGCCUCCUGGUGCAGUGGGUGUGCUGGCAAAGGAUGAUUCUGGUAACGUAAUUUCUCUAUCUCACACUGAGCCAAGCCCUAUUGGCAUUAAACCUGUUAUUUGUGAAGCAUCUAUAACGGAUGACCUCAUUUAUGUCAGCUCUGACCUGCCUACCAACAAGGCUUACAAUGAAAUUAAACAAGAGGACAUGGGAGAGAAAAUGGGAGAUCCGACCUCCGUGCUGUUUGCAGAGGAAAAUAAAAAAAUGGAAGAGGCAACAAUGGAUAAUCAAAAGGAAACUGCAGACAGCAGCAAGUUGCAGAUAAGAGAGACAUACACAGCACCGCAACAGAGUAAUGAGCCAGACAAAGAAGCUGUGGAGGAAAUAGGAGACCUGCAGCCACUGCAUAAACAUAAAGUAGAAAUGACUGAAUCGCUAAUAGAGGAAAUAAAGGAGGAAGGAGAAGGGAAGAGCCAGUCUUCCUCCUUAUCUCCCAACAGACCUGUGGGGUCAUCUGAGGACAAAUUAAGUGCUGAGGUAGAGUUUGGUAGUGAACCUCGGACUGUUUAUGACCAGAGUUUUCUCAAAACUCCAACAACAACUUCGGAACGCAGCUCUGCCAGGGACAAGGAACUCGAUUUGACUGCAGCUCCUGACCAAUCACAGUCCAUAACUCAGCCAAACAGUUUUGCUAAGCAACAGCAGCGGCUUCUCGGAUCCAGACAUCCCACACAGGAUUUGUCAGGUGGCUGUGUAAAGGGGGGAGAAAAGACUAACAGUAAGGCCAUACAGAACCUAGCGCUGGCUCCCGGGGUAAAAGAGGGAGCAGAGGGAGGAGACGGCUCUGUUGUGAGUUUGUGUCAGUCAGAAAGAGGGAAUGAGUUAACAGGUGAUGACAGCAGUGGCAAUGAACAUGGGAUAGGUUUGGAGAAAGGCAAGGAGGAGGGAGCCCAAGCUGCAGCAGAGAUUGACAGUGUUUAUGUGCCAUCUCACCUAGCCAGUGAUGUAAAUGAGAAUAGAAAGGCUGCUCAGAGAUUUGCUUUGGCUGACACCGUAGCCUGCUCUCAUGUAGGUGAGACCAGACAGGGGAUGGACGAGAAUAAAAGCCCCGCUUUAGAGGUAGUUGGGUCAGGUACAGACGCUGAGUUUGUGAGGGAUCUUUAUGUUAAAGGUCAGCAGAAAAGCAAUCUAUCAGCUGCCUGUCAAGAUCAACAUGAAAAACCCCAGACUUCAAAGAACAAUGCUGUGUCUGUUGAGUCUUCAUCACAGGAACAAGGGACUGCACCUUUCCAAAUUUGUGUUUCAUCAAACGCCAGCACAGACAGUCAUUUCAUUCACGCAACAGUUUUUCCAAGCGCAAUCCAAGCUGAAGAAAUGCAUACAAUAAUAUCCAGUACUCUGGUUCUGCAACCAGGAAGUGUGGGAAAUGAUUUGAGCCCUGUCCUGGCUGUAAAAAUCCACAGUAGUGAAACUGAGGAGUGUGAAAUUCAGGAUACUGUGUGCAAGCCUCUCGAGGUACAAAGUUCCAUAAAAACAUCAACCAUACAAAGCAGCCCGGUAGUACAAACACCCAUAAAAGGCCCUGAUGUAGAGGAAAUAACAAAGGAAGAUAAAGCAGCUUUGGAUGAAGAGAAAGUUAGCAGCCAGGGGAAGGGACCAAGUGAGAUAAAAGCGAGGAACAAUGAGGCAGUGAAAGAACAGGAGGUCAUUAAUCAAACCGGAAUUGCUAAAGGCAAUGGCUCAUUCGAUGUUUCUAAGGCAACAGAAAAGGGUAUAACAGAUACAAGCACUCCUGAUGAUAUCACAGUUCCAUCUGUUGUUUCGUCAGUGCGCCCUGAAGAUGUAGCAUCGCCGUCUACCCAGUCAGAGGAGCCUCGUGAUCAGGUGUCAAAGCCUGGAGCUGAUACUGUGGUAAACCCCAUCGUUGCUGCUCCCCGCUGUGAAGGAGAAACCCUUGUUGAACAUAAGUCUGUGAGCGCAGAGGCUGCAGAGGUGUCAGAGAGUCCUGGUCCUGCAUUAACAGCCAGAGAGCCAGAAACAAACUGGAUACAAGCUCUAAAAGAAGCUGCAUCCCAUACUCAGAGUAAACAAGAGACCUCAAGACCCCUCCAAUCUCUGGAGUCUCCUCAACUAGAGUUUCUAACUCCAGCUGAAGAGAUAGCUGCUCCUCCGAAGCAGGACAAGAUCCCACCGCCGGCUCAAGCAGUGGAGAACACAACAGAGAUCCCCCCUCUGACUCUUGUGAAGAAGCUAUUGGAUCUUCCUGAACCAUUAAAGAACACAUUAGAGCUACCAGAACCAAUACAGAGUCCAAAAGUAGAGGUUCCAGAAGAGGAAAGGAAAGUAGAGCUCUCAGAACAAACGAGGAAAGUAGAGUUCUCAGAACAAACGAAGAAAGAGAUAGAGCCUCCAAAAGAGCUCCCAGAGCCAAAAGGUGAGCUAGUUACUUCAGAAAUAGCGAAGGAUCCAGCUGAGCUUGAGAAACCAAUAAAGCCCAUUGAAGAGCUGCCAGAGCCAACGAAAAAUGAAGACCCAGAACCAACAAAGACUGCAACGGAGCCACCAAAACCAGUAAAGGAGCUGACCAGUGAGCUGCCAGCAGAGGAGCUAGUGGAAGACCCGGCCGAGAUCCUGCCUGAGGAGCCAUUAAAAGUGCCAGCUGAAGAAACCACAGCCACAGAGACAGUCCAGGAUCCUGCUGAGGAGCUGCAGGACAGUGGAUCCUCCCUCACUGAGCAGACAGAGAGAAGUGAACGUGCUCCUUCGUCUUCCCAACCUCCUGCAUCUGAAAACCACUUCCUGCCUGCCCUCCCUCCUCACCUCCAAGACACCACAGAGUUCCCCACUCCUCCUCCCACACCCCCGGAGAGAUACUCACCUGAAGCAACCCCACCUGCAUCUCCCGGUUUUCCUCCCCCUCCUCGUCCUGCUCUGGACUCUUCUCCUGUACCUCCUGCUUCCCAGAGUGACGUCCCCUGUCCUGCUUCUGAACCCUACCACCUUCCUUUAAGGAGUUCAGACUCUGAUGGAGCGUUUGAGACCCCUGAAGCCACAACUCCUGUGAAGACUGUUUCUCCUAUAGAUCCCCAAACCCAGCAAACGUCCAAUGAGAAAGUAGCAGACUCCUCAGUCAGUGAUCCUGCCUCUGAAUUGCCCUCAGCUGAUGCACCAUGCCAUACCCCGACUGUUGUGUUUGAUGAGGACCGGCCCAUUGCAGCCAGUGGCCAAUACAACAUCGAGGUUACUGCAGAAUCCACAAGUCACACUCUUACCCGUUCACUCAGCCUUCAGGGGGGAGAACUAGACAGUGCUGGUCUGUCGGACGGAUCAUCAGCGGGAGGCUUCCGUCUACAUUCUGAGUCCUUUAGCGUAGGUACCGAGAGCGCCCCAGGGACGCUCCGCAGGCCCAAAAAGGUCCGUUCUGGGUCUUUUAAGAAGAAGCCUCUUACCAGGCAGCACUCCAACCCAGAGAGUCCGAGGCCAGCCUCAUCCAGCAGCACCCCGGAGAUCAAGAAGCGGGCAACUCCUCGAACUGCCAGCCCUCUCCAGCCUCAGGAGGAAGCAGAGGGAGGAUCUGCAACCCCGAGCCCCGGAGGGACCCUCCGCAGAACCAGGAAGAGCCGUGUGGAGACUCCCCCUCCUCUGCCAGAGGAGACCAAUCCUACAAGCCAAGAGGAGAGCCAUAACAUCCCUGCCUUACUUUUGUGCCAGGAGGAGACUCCUCUCCCGGGCAGUCCAGCUGGUGGAGACGAAUCCCCUAUCCCCCCUCCUACCUCCUACAAAUGGGAUCCAGAUAAUUUUGACAACAUUGACCCAUUCAAUACUGGAGGAAGUAAAAUUGCCAAUUCCCCUGUUCUCGGUCGCAAAAGUCCUGUGUGUGCCCCUAUUGCCCCCCAUCCAGAGAGUCCCUCUGUAUCUGCUGUGGAGCCGUGUCCCCCAGCUUCUCUUGAAAAGCCAAUCACAAACCCUGAAGAGCAACCCAUCAUCCCCAAGCGUCAGUCAGUAAGGCUGGAGUUCGACUACUCUGAGGAGGGCUGUGAGGCAUCACACCAGACCCCUCCCCCACCUAAGAAAUUGGGCAAGAAGCCUGGCGGGAAGAUGCCUCUAAGGAAACCAAAGCUGGGGCUGAAGAAAGCUCCUCCAGUUCAGACAGAGCAGCUGGACAACGAUCCUCCACCAACCCACAAUGGCAACGAGGAAGAUAUCCCUGUUCCUGCAGCCUCUUACAAGUUUGACUCUGACAAGUGGGAUGAUCCCAACUUUAAUCCAUUUAAUACUAAGAAAGGUAUCCCAAACUCACCCAAACUAUCAAGGCCGUCUUAUUCCUUUGACUCCAAUAACUUUGAUGACUCUGUAGACCCUUUCAAAUCCUCUAAUAAGAUGGCCGACUCCCCUCCUAAGGCCUCUGCCUCCUUUGAACUGUCAUCCAAUGAGUUUGACAAUGAAAUUGACAAUGAUAACAUUGGGGAACUGGAGGACCAAAAUCAGAACAAACCUGCCAAGAAGAAGAAAACUCCUAUCAAAUCUAACACUUUCAGAGUGAAGAGGUCGCCAAAGAAAUCACCAUUGUCUGACCCAUCCGAGGAUCCUACGCCCGCAGAUGAAACUCCCUCCCUCCACCCACAGGACGACCACGCUACAGAUGAGGAGAAGCUGGCCUCCUCCACCAGUCAUAAGUGGGCUGCCCUGCACAACGUGGAUGCAGAGUUGAACUCUGAGCAGCAAGACUUCCCCCAGCCGAGCGAUCUUUCAUCCUUUGUUAAUGAGAACAGUCUCCCUGAUCCGAAUCCAGUGCAAGACUAUGAGAUUGAGUAUAUGGAGAAGCUUGGCUCCGCUUCGCCUCCACUGUCUGUGAAGAAGCCGUCUUUGUACCUGAAGUUAGACUCAGUUUCUGACAACUUACCCAAGAACAAGUGCCCAAAUGGAUCGGAACCCAGCUCCCCCUGCACUGGCAGUUUUGAGGAGAUGGAGGCCCAGAUAACAGCGGGUAUGAAGACACCGGUGUUGAGCUCCCGGCCUGGUCCAGAGGGCUCUGCUGGAGAAAAGGGCAGAAAGAGAGAGAACAAGGCGCUCAGCCGAACACAGAGCACAGAGAGGGAUGAGAAGCCCCCUAGCCUUGGCCCUGUGGAAGCCCCUGCUCCAGUCCUGACCAUGCCCCUGUUAGACAGGCUGUCUGAGUGUGACGACCUCCUGCAGUACCUGGAGCCCGACCUGGCUGAGACCAACCCUACAGCAUUCGCUCAAAAACUACAGGAGGAGCUGGUGCUUGCUGCCCUGAGGAUAGAGGCUCUGCAGAUAGCCAAAAACAUCUCACAGUGCCCCUCCCUCUCCACUGUAAACCCCCAGCACAGAGACAUCUCAUCUACGGUAGAUAGCUGUGUUUCCAAGGACUCGCUGUACAGCAGGACCAGCACCAACUACAUCGAGGGGGAGAGUCCCCACUUGCCCAAAGAACUGGACCACUCACUGGGAAUUGCACGAGAAGAGAUUGUAACAAAGGAGAAAGAAGUGCUGGAGUGGCAGAGAAAGUAUGAAGACAGCCGACAGGAAGUGAUGGAGAUGAGGAGGAUUGUUGCUGAGUAUGAGAAGACGAUUGCACAGAUGAUCGAGGAUGACCAGAAAGAGAAGUCUCUCUCCCACCACACCAUCCAGCAGCUGAUCAUGGAGAAGGACCAGGCCUUGUCUGACCUCAAUUCUGUGGAAAAGUCUCUUGCAGACCUCUUCAGACGUUACGAGAAAAUGAAAGAUGUACUGGAGGGUUUCCGCAAGAAUGAAGAUGUUCUCAAGAAAUGUGCUCAGGAGUAUCUGUGCAGGGUCCGCAAGGAGGAGCAGCGCUAUCAAGCCCUGAAGAUUCAUGCAGAGGAGAAACUAGACAAGGCCAAUUCUGACAUAGCUCAUGUGCGUGCCAAGGCUAUGCAAGAGCAAGCUGCUCAUCAGGCCAGUCUGAGGAAGGAGCAGAUGAAGGUGGACUCCCUGGAGCGCACUUUGGAGCAAAAGAACAAAGAAAUUGAGGAGUUAACAAAGAUAUGUGAUGAGCUGAUCGCCAAGAUGGGGAGGAGUUAGCUACCACAUCGCACCAACGCCAAAUCCCACAGAGAAGAAGAGCGGUUGUGGAAAAUAAACGACUUGGAAAAUGAAGCUGAUCAGUAACUCUGCCAAGGACUGAUGGACGUUAAGGCUGAAAUGGCCAAAAUGGUUAGAUUUCCUACCGAUGAAGUGUAUACAGGAUCCACAGGAAUAGCAUCCUCCUUAUCACUCUGUACAUUUUGAUGUGUUGGUGUAUUGUUCUGUAUCAGGGGUCUGGUUUAAAGAAAAUGUAACAUAUCACUUAUGAGCGUGUCUGUGCGUGUGAGUGUGUGUAUGAUAGUGAGAGAGCAAGAUCAUUGCUUGUGGUUUUAAAUUAUCUAUAAUGAUGUUGCCAUGACAGCCACAGAGGGAGAAGACUGUUUACCCGUUCCUGUUGUUAUCUCCUCUUGAUAGAAGAGAAAGACAGACUUUGAAAAACAGAUUUAGAUUCAUUUAUAAGAUGUUGAUACACCACCAAGAGAACAUAAACUAUCCCAAUAGCUUACUGCAUGUUGGAGAGAACCUCUAUUGUUAUGUUUGUAUAUAUUGUAGGAAAUUCCAAAUAUAAAAAAAGAUUCUUCUGCAUUUUAGUUAUUCUGUCAUCCUGUGCCCUCAUGUCACCUUGUAGAUAUUUGUCAUACUUGUCAUAGCUUCCUUGAAUAUUUUUUGGGAUUUUAUUUUGAUAUAAAGCAAAACUAAUCGUGACCUUUUUAAGUUGUGAACCGGAGUAAUUUAAUUUUUGAUGGAUAUGUCCUAGUUCUGCUAUGGUAAUUUUGUCACACUGAGGAGUAUCUUCUGCACAGCUGCUGUACAGCAUCUGCUUACAAAGUGCAAUAAAAGAUGGCAAUACAGCACCCUGUGUUCACUGAUCACAUGCUUUCUCUUAAAUGUUGUUGACCUGGCAUCACCAAUGACAACUUGGUCAUGAUUUGGUACAAUACAACUAUUUAUCCACAUGGGUGUUAAUGAGGGAAAUGAAUAUGCAAAUAUAAUUAUUAUCAUUCUAGUUUUACUCCAAGUACUAUUGCUAUGAUUGAGUUAUAAGAGGUUGAAAUAAAUCACUGAAACUAAUGGGAAAAUGAUUCCCCCUGAUUCAGAUCAGCUCCAGAAA